AAGAAAUUCUCUUUGACUUGUCAGAUGUGUACAUACACAUACAUGUAUAUAUAUUUGUGUGUGUGUGUGUACAUGUACGUGAGUGCUUGAUUGGUUAAUUGCAAUUUAAAAUUUCAGGAGAAAACUUAAAGGAAAAUGUACAUCAGAAUACUCAUUAAUAAUAAUUGUGUAAACUAUACAGUGUGGAGGCAUGUAGCUUAGUGGUUAGGGUUUCAGCAUCAUGGUCGUAAGAUUGUUGUUUCGAUUCCUGGACCAGGCGACGCGUUGUGUUCUUGAGCAAAACACUUCAUUUCACGUUGCUCCAGUCCACUCAGCUGGCAAAAAUGAGUAACGCUGCGAUGGACUGGCGUCCCAUCCAGCUGGGAAUACAUACGCCAUUGAAAUCAGGAAACCGGGCCCAUGAGCCUGGCUAGGCUUUAAAAGGGCGCAUUUAUUUUUUUUUAAACUAUACAGUAAUUUUGUUGUUGAAUCAAUUGAAUCAAUUGAUUUAAUUAUGAAGUAAUUACCAUUUUCAUCACCGUCAUUAACAUCAUCAUUGCCUCUACUACCAUCGUCAUCAUCACCUGUCAAUUGUAGGAAAUUGAUUGAUUUUAUAGACAUAGGCAUGUCUGUGCGGUAAAGAAGUUUGCACCUUGGGCAAGGAUUUUUUUACUGUAGUUCCAGGUUGACCAAUGCACUGUGAGUGAAUUAGGUAGAGAGGAAACUGUACGAAACCCAUAUAUUCUUUUACUUGUUUCAGUCAUUCGAUUGCGGCCAUGCUGGAGCACCAUCUUAAAGGGAUUUUAGUCAAAGAAAUUGCUCCCCAGGGCUUAUUCUUUGUAAGCCCAGUACUCAUUCUAUCAGUUUCUUUGGCUGAACCACUAAGUUAUGGCGACAGAAACACACAAACAUCAGUUGUCAAGCAAUGGUAGGAGGGGACAAACACAGACACACACAUAAAUACACACACACACACACACACACACACACAUAUAUAUAUAUAUGUAUACACACACAUACAAUAAGUUUCUUUCAGUUUCCAUCUACCAAAUCCAUUCACAAUGCUUUGGUCGGCCUGAGGCUAUAGUACAGUGGUUUGCAACCUUUUCACUACCAAGGACCCCUUUUAUAUAGAUAAGUUUUCCCCUGGACCCCAGGAUAUCGAAAGGCCUGCUAGCUUAACAUUCUCUGCACACUCAUUGGAAAUGGCGGAUUAAUUAUAAAUAUUAACCUUACUCAAUGAUUUAAUCACAAAUCUUAAUGGAAAACUUUUGUUAUUGGGUGUGGCAGCACACCCAAUACAACAACCAGUAUAUGCCACUGGUAUUCACGUAUGGAAGCCUUUGAGCACCAUAUCUGAAAGGCUGCAUAACAUAAGCCAUAUAUGACGUAUUUACUUAUGGAAGCCUAUGAGCUCCAUAUCUGAAAGGAUGCACAACAUAAAUCAUUUAUGAUGUACCGUAAAUCCUCGAGUAUAAUCCGCAUUUUUCCCCCAAAAUUUAAAGGUCAAAAUCCCUAGUGCGUACUAUAUACGAGGUUAAAAAAUGAAAAAUAUUUUCUAAGCAAUGUCCGAGUCUCUAUUUGCUGUCCGGCAAUGUUUAUUCAGACGCAUUUUGUGAUGCCGGGCUUGUAACUGAUAGUGAUAAAUAUAUAAAGGCAAUUUACUUAUUAUUUAUUUUUCACUGUUAUUUCUUUAUUUUCUGUGCACAAAAAAGCUACAUGUUUGCAUUAUGUUAUAUAUACAAUAAUAAUAAAGGACGUUACCAUAUAUAUGUUUACAAACCAAGGACGUUAUAUAGACCUUCUUGACUCAGGUUAGAGAAGGGGUGCGUAUUAUACACGAGGUUUAGGUUUUUCAGAGGUACAGCCCCCUAAAAAUCCCCUGCGUAUUAUACUCAAGGGCAGACUAUACUCGAGGAUUUGUGGUAUUCAUUUAUGGAAGCCUAUAAGCAUCAUAUCUGACAAAAUGCACAACAUAAGCCAUAUGUUGCCUGAGAAAGAUAAAAAGAAAUUUGGAGUGAUUUGCAUUUCUGGAACUCAGUUUUUGUUAGGUUUACUCAACCAUAAGUGUGAUGUUAGUUUAAUUCCUGGAGAAAACCUUAAUAUGCCAAGUUGGAGAGUAAUGUAUGGAUUGUUAUGUUUGUUUCUUGUCAUUUUGUUGUUGUGGUUGCUCAACCUGCUAGAAAUAGCUGUCAAAUAUCCUUCAAGUCACACCCUGCUGUCUUAUAAAAUGAAAUACACAUUGGACCAUGUAGACAUUGAUAUGCAAAAAGACAGGAUGGUCAUGAUUGGGAUGUUUUUUCAUCAUAGACUUGCUCGAUUAGGGCUGACCUGGAGCAACAGUAACAACAACAACAUUACCACUGCUGUCAUCACCACCACUGUCAUCAUUAAAGCAUCUAUAUGGUCACUCAAUAUGCUAGAAAUAGUAGUCAAAUAUUCCUUAAAUCACACCCUACUGCCUUCAUUAAGAAAAGAACACAUUAUCUUGUCACUGUUACAGAGCCAUAAAAAUGAUGGGAUGACUGAGGCUGGCAUACUUUUAAUUAUAGGUCUGUUCAGUCAGCAUUGACCUAGGGCUAGAACCACCACCAUCAUUAUCAUCAUCAAUAUCACCAUCAUCAUUGUUUUUAUGUUUUUGUUAUUCAUACAAACUUUGGUUACUUACCCUUAUCUAGUUAUUGUGCCAUUGUAAAUGUGUUAAAAAAAAAUUGAGCCUACUGAUAAAAAAAAAGGUAAGUCGACCCCAAUGAUGUAAUUAGCAUGAUAAUUAAUAUCUUGUUAUUCCUAUAUCAUCAUCAUCAUCAUCGUUUAACGUCCGCUUUCCAUGCUAGCAUGGGUUGGACGAUUUGACUGAGGACUGGUGAAACCGGAUGGCUACACCAGGCUCCGAUCUGAUUUGGCAGAGUUUCUACAGCUGGAUGCCCUUCCUAAUGCCAACCACUCUGAGAAUGUAGUGGGUGCUUUUACGUGCCACCGGCACGAAGGCCAGUCAGGCGGUACUGGCAACGGCCACGCUCAAAAUGGUGUAUUUUAUGUGCCAAUCACUUUGUUGUUUCUUUCUAUAAAGUAGUUUUUAUGAAUUUUUUUGUUUUAACUUGUUGAGUGCUCUUGAUCUUUGCAGGCCCUCCAAAACUAGUGAGCUCGAUGUUGUUAAUGUUUUGUUUGAACUGUUGCAGGUCAACACUUACAAGAAAAAACAAGCAGGGAGGUGAUUCCAGAGGCAUAAUGUUCUGGGAAAGCCUGUCUGGAUUAACAAGAGGCCAUUGAAUGACACAGAGAGGUUAUCUUUGAUUUAAGAAGUUCAACGUUUUGCAGGAUUAACAAAUCAAUUGACAUAGAAUAUUUCAGCAAACAAAAACAACACCAUGGAUAGUGAUGAAAAGAAAAAGAUUCUUGAAGUUAUGAAAACCAAAAAAGGGGAGAGCAAUCUCGAUUGGAUGUAUAAAGGCAUGGAACCUGACACUGAUGAUUAUCUUAUGGGAAGAAAAGUUGAUAAUUACAUUGAGAAGAAAUCCGAAAGUACUAAAGAAGGUAAAUUCAGUACCAACUUCACUACUCGAAUCAAGACUAAUGUUGGGAUGGACAGUGCCACGCAAAUGCGAGAAGAUCCACUCUUUGUGAUGCGGAAACAGGAGGAAGAAGCACGGCGCAGGAUUUUGGACAACCCAAUUAAAAUGAAACAGAUUCAAAAAAUGAUCAAAAGUCAGAAAAAAUCUCACAAGUCCAAGAAGCACAAGAAGAGCAAGAAGAAAAAGAAUUACCAUGACUCUGACUCUGACUCCUCAUCAUCAGACUCGUCAGAUGAAUUAGUGAAGGCUUAUCUGGCUAUUGUUAAAAAGAAGAAUAAAGAUCAUUGUGAUGAAGAGCAGAAUCCAGUCGACAAGAUACAGAAGUCUUCACAUUAUGGAUUGAUUAAAAGCAGGUCUAGCCACCAGUCUUCAGAAAGAAAUACUCCUCGGUCAGGCCACUCUGAUAUCUCCCACAGUAACAGUACUGAGAAGGAUGAAGAAAAGUACAAGCAUAAACACAAGUCUCAUCAUUCACAUAGAGAUUCUUCAUCGAAACACACACACGAUAGCUUUAGCUCUCAGUCUAAAUCAAGCGACCAUGGACAAUCUAGAUCAGCAUCAUCACACACGAGACAUCGAAGUCGGUCACCUCCACCAAAGAAAUUAGAUGCAAGUGAUCGUGAGAAAAAGCUUCAAGAAAUGAUGGCUGACGCUAAAUGGCGCUCUGAUAUCCGAGCACAUAAUGUCAAAGUUUAUGAGAAAGAAUGUGAGCUAGAUGAGAAGAAUACUCACAAAGGAAGCAGUUCGGAUUUUCUAAAUCCCAUGAUGUCACAACAUGCCUCUCAGAGCAGUGUUGAAGAGAGAAUCCGGAGGAAUAAAUACAACAUCCAGAGAACUAAAUCACAGUUAAAUGCUAACUUUACAAAGAGAUAAAAAAAAAAAUAAAAGAAAAAAACUUGUAAAUAAAAUACAUGCUGUCAUCAUC